AUGAUAAAUAAAAAUGCAACAGUUAUAAAUCCACGCUAUAUACAAAGCUGUUUGGUAACUUGCAGUGAACGACGAGAUUCAAAGCAUUUCUAUUACGAAUAUUAUUUGGAAGCGAAUCCACCAGAAAAUUACAUUUUAUACCUUGGUGAUUGUAAAAGUCGUACGCUGACUAUAUAUCGUCUUGAAGAUGAAAGUCAUAAACGAGAAAAAGGUCGUCGUGAGAAAGGUGAUGAAUUGCCGACCGAGUAUCAGCAUGAACACCGAGCACCAAGAAACAAAUCAUUUUUAAGAAAACUGUGGAGAAAUCGUGCUGGUUCUACUCAUCAAAUUGCAUUGGCUCAUUGUAGUCUGAACGAAUGGCACCAAAAUCCAUUGUCCACUGUAGGAAACAGUUCGGUAGCAACAUUCCGCAUCUUGCCAAAGCCGGAUUUGAUGACCAGUAUUGCUGAAGUACCUGAGUCAGCAGCUAUCAAUGAUGAUUUUUAUGAACUUACUGAGUGCAUUGUGAAAACUGAUGCCGAACUGGACUAUGAGGCCAACUCUGUUAGGAAUUUUUCCGAUUAUGAAUAUGCUGGAGAUUUGGCGGAUGUUGGAGAUGCGAUUCUCGAUCAUAUAUUCAACUUCUGCUCACUUUCUCAGCUUUCUAAAAGAAUACUAAUUUUAGCAGUUAUGCUACGAUGGGAGCAUCCAACAAUUCGCUUGAGCGAUGGAGCAAUCCCACACGCGAUAACGCAACUUCGAGCCUGUUCAACAUCUAAAACUGCAACUUGCAAAAUUCCUGCCGACGUUGAAAAAUGGUUGGAACAGUGUGAUGCAGAUCUUACCUUGGCUGUUCUAUCUUUUAACGGUGCUAUGAAUCAGUUCAGCAAAGAUUACAUCGUUUAUUUCAAUCGUUUUGACAUUUCUUAUUGCGAAAUAGUAUUUAGUACUGCUGACUCUAAGUCGUCAUAUGAUAUCGACUCAGUUUGGAACGUUUUAUUUCAGUUAAGCAAAUGUGGCCAAAUGACUGUCAGACGUAUGCUGAAGCAGUUAGAUAGUCACGAUGACGAACAGCUUGUAGAAUUCACUAAAGUUAGCAUGAAGCUUUAUGAAGCUUAUAAAAAUCUGGCUCGAUUUGCUAAAGACACAAAGUUUGAAUUAACUUUACUUUUUUUCUCUUUUUUUCAGAUAGAAAACAAAGCGUUCCUUCUACACGAAAAGUGGUUUGAAGACUGCAUAGUUUUUUGGACUUACGCGUGGAGGAUUCUAUGCCGCCGAUAUACUUUACGUGCAAUAGAAGAAGAUAUUAGGUCAUGUGAUGAGAAAGUACUUCCAUCAGCUGUUAACUUUUUGGCCAUUCAUAAAGCCUUAUGUGAAGAUUUUGUACAUCUGGAUUUGUCCUCUCAAACUGCUGCUCUCAUGUGCAUACUUAAAAUUGUUCUGGUAAUUGCAGAUGACCUAAUAAUUUAUGCUAAACGAAUGCAAACAGCAGCUAAACAGUUCGAACCUGCAAAGAUUUUGCUUGCUGCUAACAGUAUCGAACAUACUAAACAUUUUGCAUCAGUUCGUGCUGCGGAACUGCUUAAUUUCUCUAAAUUUCAGUCAGAACUGUCAAAAUAUGAAGCAGCUCAGGCAUAUUCUUCAUUUGAAAGUAUCAUAAGCUCUGCCGUAAAAAGUUUUCUUCGGUUUGUGCUAUCAACGGAACGUGCUGAGCAGCUUUUGGCAUAUUUGGACGCUUUUUCAUCACAGCUUGCUGAAGUACUAUUUCCACGUUUAAAUUUAAUCGCUCACCGUCAACUACUGGAUAUCACUGAGAACGCAAUAGCAGUGUCAUUAGCGAGAGGCCAGUGCCCAGCAUACUAUAAACAAGUUGAGGUUGACUGUGACAUAAUUCGCCGAAUUUUACAAAUGAAGGCUUCUGACGCUUCCCCAAGACUCAGCAGAUCACUUUAUUUGAACUCUUUGACGACUAGAGAACUUAUUUUACAGUACUACACCCAGCUGGCUGAACUUACAGAAAAUUUUGAACCUAAUUCUAACACUCCGACCCUGAAACUUGAUAUUGGUUACACCAGAACUGCAAAUCAGCGCAUCUCUAUUUUUAUACACAUAAUUAGUGCCACACAUAUCCCAAUACUGGACACUUUAUCGCAUUCCUCAGAUCCGUUUUGCCGUAUCGAGUUGUUACCCAGAUUUUCUUUUCCUUUACAGCAGUAUCCGCCACAGUCUACGAAAACCCACAAACAGAAUUUGAAUCCUGUGUGGGACCAUUCAACAACUGAAGAAGCAUUUUUUAUAAACGGUUCAGUUGUAUGCAUAACACUCCUGGAUCACGAUCUUCUAACAUACAACGACUUGGCUGGACAAGCUUACAUUCUUCUUUCAAAAAUACCGCGAAUUAAGACUGCACCAAAAAAGCGGCUCUCACAAGUAAAUCUGCCAUUAGUACUGCCACUUAGUGAGCAGUAUCAGGACAUUUUCCAGAUUUUGAUAGACAGAAGUCCUAAAGAUGCGCUUGCCAAGGAAGUUUCAGAAUACGAAAAAUAUCUUCGAGAUUAUAGAAUGUUGCCACCGUCAGCAGAUAUCAGCCGUAGCGAACCGAUUUUUAAAAGACAAAAGUUCAAAAAGCACAAAUGGAAUCUAAUAGUGUAG